AGUGGCAUUUGGAAACUGCAAUGGUUUGGCUGUUGUGGACUUUAUGCAGAAGACAGUACUGCUGAGCAUGGGAACCCUUGACCUAUACGGAUCAAGUGAUCCAUACCAGCGUCAACCCCGUUCACCUCGCAAGAGCAAGCAGUUUGCUGCAGACAACUUUUGCAUGCGUGGCCUGUCUAACUUUUAUCCAGAUUUAACGAAACGGAUCCGUACUUCCUAUCAGAGCCUGACUGAACUCAGUGACAGUCCAGUUUCCCUGGAGCUAGAACGUUGCAAGUCUCCCACUUCAGAUCACGUGAAUGGUCACUGUACAAGUCCAACGUCCCAGAGCUGCAGUUCCGGAAAACGACUUUCCAGUGCAGAUGUCUCAAAAGCAAACCGCCGAGGGCCGGGGAGGCCCCCCUUCAGAAAAGCACAGUCUGCAGCCUGCAUGGAGAUUUCUCUCCCAGUCACCACAGAAGAAAAUAGGGAGAACUCCUUCAGCCGUUCCCGAAGCUCCAGUGUGUCCAGUAUCGACAGGGACUCAAAGGAGGCAAUUACUGCUUUGUACUUCAUGGAGUCCUUCGCCCGAAAGAAUGACUCUGCUGUCUCCCCCUGUCUCUGGGUUGGAACGGGCCUCGGUAUGGUCUUAAUCCUCUCCCUUAAUCUGCCUGCUAGUGACGAUUUACGGCAGUCAGAACCAGUCAUGGUGUCGCCAAGUGGCACAGUUCUGACACUGAAAGGAGCCGUUCUGACCUUCGCGUGCUUGGACUGCACGGGGACGUUGACACAUCCACCAUAUGAAGUAUGGAGGGACCCACACAGUGCUGAUGAUGGUGAAAAAACAAGGAAAAGGAAACUUGUCAUGCAUUCCCCUUCCUCCUCCCAGGAUAUGGGUGAUCAUCAAUUUGCAGUCAUUUGUUCAGAAAAACAAGCCAAAGUCUUCUCAUUGCCUUCCCAAACAUGUCUUUAUGUCCACAACAUCACCGAAACGUCCUUUUUAUUGCGAGCAGAUGUGGUCACCCUCUGUAACAGCGUCUGUCUGGCGUGCUUUUGUGCCAAUGGGCACAUCAUGACACUGAGCUUGCCCAGCCUUCGCCCACUGCUGGACAUCAACUAUUUGCCUGUAACAGACAUGAGGAUAGCGCGGACCUUUUGUUUCACUAAUGAAGGACAAGCUUUGUAUCUCAGCUCUCCCACAGAGAUCCAGCGCCUGACGUACAGCCAGGAGAUGUGCGACAAUCUGCAGGACAUGCUUGGGGAUUUGUUUACUCCUGUGGAAACACCAGAAGCCCAAAACAGAGGCUUUCUCAAAGGACUGUUUGGAGGAAGUGGACAAGCUUUUGACAGAGAGGAGCUUUUUGGUGAGGCCACAGCAGGAAAAGCCUCUCGCAGUCUUGCCCAGCACAUCCCUGGAUCAGGUGGAAUUGAAGGCGUGAGAGGAGCCGCAGGAGGAGUCAUUGGGGACUUGACUCGUGCACGCAUUGCCCUUGAUGAGAGAGGACAGAAACUGGGAGAGCUGGACGAAAGGACUGCAAGCAUGAUGGCCAGUGCAGAGGCGUUUUCCAAACAUGCACACGAGGUGAUGCUGAAAUACAAGGACAAAAAGUGGUACCAGUUUUAGACUUUCAAAGAAGCUGCUUGUGGCUUUAUUAAGAACACUGUUCGGGGAAGCAACAUUCAUUCCCUAAUCUACCAGUCACCGGCCAGAGACAGUUUUUUCUCCUAGAAGAUGUUUUCCUGUUACUAUUAUUGGAUUCAUCAUCACAGCAGGAGUCAAGGAGAAAUUUUACAGACCAUGAGAUGGAAGCUAGAAUCAUGCGGGUCUUGAGCCAACAGUUGGCUCAUCUGGUAGCCGACUUUUUUCCAAAAGGAACUCAACCAUCACUGUGGCAUGUAGUUUCUCAGAAGCUGUAGGUAUGAACUGUGGGGAGUGCGUCUGGUUAAAAAUAUUCUGUACAAACUCGAAUGUUAAUGCACUUAUAAAACUUUGCAUGACUAAUUGACAUCU